ACCAUAGCAAUCGGCAGCUUCGUCGUCCCUCGUCCGCUCCGGCGCUCCUAGAUUUGCCUCGUUUUGUCGACUUGUAUCUUCCACUGCGACGGCGGAGGACGCCGGGCACGCGCUGCGCGCGAUGUACGGGCUUCCUUCGGCCGCGCGGCCCCAGCUACCGCCUCAGUUCGCCUGCUUCGCUUCUUCCUCCGUUCCUCGGGUGAGGGCGGCGCCAGCGUACUGCUGCGCCAGCCUGAAGCAAGCGCGCCCUUCCGCCGUCGCUGCAGCCGUGACGGGGCGCGCGGCCGCGCCACUCUUGGCUGCGGCGCUCCUCCUUGCAGCUGCGCCCUAUGGCCUACCUGCUACUAUCCCUCCAGCAUUUGCCCAACCAGUUUCAGAAGGCGCAGCACUGUUCCGGAAGGCCUGCAUCGGGUGCCACGACAUGGGAGGAAACAUCCUACAGCCAGGAGCCACUCUUUUCCUGAAGGAUCUCGAGAGAAAUGGAGUCGUUACAGAGGAGGAAUUGUAUAACAUCACAUACUACGGGAAAGGGAGGAUGCCGGGCUUUGGAGAGAAAUGCACCCCAAGAGGACAGUGCACCUUCGGCCCCCGGCUAUCUGAAGAUGACAUCAAGCUCCUAGCCUCGUUUGUCAAGUCACAAGCCGAAAACGGGUGGCCAAAGAUCGAAGGUGAUGGAGAUUGAUCGGCUGAGCGAGGAGAAGACACUGUUUGUUCUGAACUUGUAAUUGUCUCUGUUCUCUGAACUUCUGAAGUUGUAACCUUCUGGUAUCUGUUUUCUGAACUUCUAAAAUCUAGCCUGAGUUUAGAACAAACAAA